AUGAAAGGAAUUUACUUAUUGUUUCUCUUUCUUGGUGUCUGUUUGGCCUGGAGCGCUGAAGAUUAUGAGAUCUUCAAGUUAAAUGAUAAGAUUCAACAAGAUUUAGGUGCUAGUACCACAUUCUACAGUUGGCUAAAGCUCGAGAAUGGACCAAAAUCAACACCAUUGGAAAUUAAAAAGGCUUAUAGGAAACUUUCCAAGAGAUUGCACCCUGAUAAGUUUUCGUCUGCAUCGAGGAAAGCUAAAAAACAGGCGGAAGAGAAGUUUGCUCGGUUGUCUUUGGUGGCAGACAUAUUAUCAGAUCAAUCUAGAAAAAGGCGUUACGAUUAUUUUUAUGCAAAAGGAUUCCCAAGAUGGAAAGGUACUGGCUAUUAUUACUCAAAAUUCCGUCCUGGCUUGAUAUUCACAAUACUUGUUGUUUAUUUCCUCGUAAGCACGUUGCAUUAUUUUGCUUUGAAAAUAAAUAGAAAACAGGAUUAUAAGAGAAUUGCUAAUCUCAAAAACGAAAUAAAGACACAGGCAUGGGGUGGAUCACUAAUCCCACCUUUGGACGGGUCCGAUAGGAAACUCACCAAUGAAUCAACUGGAAAGGUUUUUGUGGUGAAGAAUACUGGUGACGUUUUUGUUGAGGAUGGAGAAGAACUUCACUUAAUCGAAGAAAAAAGUAUCAACCUCAACCCUGUAUUCAAAGACACGCUCUUUUUCAAACUCCCAGCCAAGUUGUACAAUUUGACAUUUGGAAAAAUUUUCAAACCAAUUGAUACUACAGUCUCUUUUGUGCAGCCGCAAGGUUCACCAGAAGGAGAAGAGGAGAAAAUACAUGAUGUGAAGCAGAAAAAAAAGCAGAAAGGGGGAAAGAAAAUGGAAUUGGCAAAUGGUAAAGUAGUCUACAGUAGAAAGAAGAAACAAUAG